AUGAUCUUUGACGAAAUCAAUAUUGACCUACACUUCGUCUUCGAGGGUGAACUCGACUCUCCAAAUGUCUCGCACAUCUUUAACAACUAUCGUCAUGCAGCCCUCCAACACCGUCCAGGUAAUCACACAGUCGUGGGGGCCUUCUUCCUCAGUGAGCUGAAGCGCCGGCUCCCCUCAUACCAGUCGGGUCCACAGGGACAGAACGUUGUAAUGACGGCCGAGCAUACAUGCGAGAGUCGUCGUUUCAUGGUACAUGUUUGGCGCAGCCGAAGUCUGCUAGAAGGCACUUGGGGUCAGGACUCGCCACAAGACGAUCAGAUCGUUGUUCGGGCAUUGCGCGAGGGCUCUCCUGGACAGAAUGCGGGAAUUCUCUUCGAAAGCCGUCCCACCAUGAUGCCCUCGGGUAAGCAGUUUGAGUGGGUCGAUUCCGGUCUCAUCUACGAGUUUCCACCUAGCGACAUAUCUGUCAUGGUGAGGAGGCCAUCCAUACAGCAGACACUCACGGCUAUCUUCAAGAAUGUCAGGUCCCACAGCUUCGUGUUUCAAUCUACUGGUGUUCCCAUCUUCAGCCCUGUGCUUGAUGCCGCAUCCAACCCUCGUCAGAUCAUUGCUGGAGGCGACGACGAACUCCGCCUAAACCAAUUUAUUCAGGCUUUCAUCGACAAGACUCGUCUUUACAACAUCCCAGGCCAAGCUUCGAGCUUCAAUGCUCAGCCCCCGCUGCCUAACUCCAGUAGCGAUGCUCCUCCCUGCUCUCAGAACACAUUCGUGACUCUCAACCAGGGGACUGCCGCUCAACGCGACCACAUUAUUCGUCGUAACUUUAACGCAAGCUCCCCAGCUCCGACGGUCGCUCCAGGGCAGGAUCAAACCAACUCGGCUGAAGAAAUUGUGAACGUCUCGUCCGCUUCCAGCACAACUUCCAAAGACACUCCGCCUCUCCGAUCUCCUCCCCUGACCCACCGUGCCUGGAAUACAAUCACCAAAGUCGCCUCCUCCUUCACAAGAUCUCGCCCUCAGUCUGAGCACAGCCGUGCCUCACCCGUUGCUCCGGAGAACUCGCUGUUCACCGAGCUGCGAACAGAGAAUCACUAUGUCGAUGCUAGCAAUCAGACUGAUUCGGAAGACGAGGGCUCCAAGAAGGGAGAGAAGGAGGCUAAAGCUUGUCGCACAGUUGGUGAGGGCGUAAGAAUAGAUGGGACAGGUGCGGUGUUGGUUGAGCGAGACGCUCAGACGGAACAAUCGGGCGGUCAGACUCAGGUUAUUGGCGUUAGCUGCCCUAGACAGGUGACGGAAGGUGAUGCGCAUGGUCAAGCGGGUGAUGCAAUGCAGCCUCUUGUCCUGUCCGUUGGCUCUAGCUUCCCUCCUCAAGAGUCUAUCCACUCUACUGAGGUUGAAGUGCCCAGCGACCCGGCUGCAGUAGCAGCUGCUCAAGCACUCUCCAUUGGACAAACAACUGUUGGUGUCGACAGGGUUGACAAUGAUAUCGAGAUGACAGAUGUACAAGCUGCCUCCAGCAAGCCCACCAAUGCCAGCACGCAAGCUCCUAGCACGCGUGGGGACGAUCAGGCCUCUGCGCAGCUUCAGGUGGGUGCUCCGGACUCAGACAUUCAGGCUCAGGGCACAGCACAAGCUCCUGUAGCGAUCGACGAGGACAAGGAGAACGAGCGACCAACUCAGGACAACGCCACCGCAGCGCCGGUUCCUACCGACGACAAUGUGCAAUUCUUCUCUUUGUCCCGCGCUGAAGAGCAGAACGGCACAUUUGCGGAGACUGGAGUUCGACGAGAAAGCAGGACUGACCGCUCGAUGUCAGAGAUGCCUCUGGUUGAGGUCCUUGCCAGUGUGGAGCGCAACACAGAUGCCGAGACUGCUUCUGCACUUGGAGCAAUGAUUCGCUCAGGCUCGAAUAUAUUUGGCGGUCACUCGUUGCGCAGCCGUUCUCCGACACCAUCGGGGUUGUUGUACUCUGCGUACACUUCAUCAGAUCAGCGACUGCACCAGCUUCUCGACUACCUACUGAACCUGGUUCAGAACGACAAGAUGCAGGGCAAUUUACUAUGCAAGCGCCUGCUCGCGAUGCGCGAGGAGUUUGCACAGGAGUUCGAGCAGGCAAAAAAGCAGUUUGAGGCCAGACUCGCCAAUAACAACGAGGCGAUGUAUAACGCGCGCAUCUCGCAAAGCCUCAAGAAAGACACCAUGCGCCUUCUGAAAAGCGAGAUGGCUAUACCUUGUGUGUUUGCCUACAGUAUCAAGGUCAACGACCUCCUCCGUCCCAUGCUUAUUCGACACAAGCACUCAGGUAGUCAGGUAGGAUCAAUCCGAGGCGUCGCACACGCUGGCACCCCUGCCGCUGCACAGGCAGGUUGUCCACAUGCCAACACCCCCCGCCUGCCCCUCGCACCUGGCUCCUUCCCGUCCUCACCCGUCGUCAUUGACGGUGAGACCACCCAGCGUCAACGCACACCCUCUACUCGCGCCGGCAGCACCGUCGGGAGGGAUCGCUCCGCGCGUGCCGGUUCAGUCGUUAGCAGCAUUAGCAACGCCACCCAGAUCAAACGCCUUCGAGCCACUUGGGAACCGACAAACGUAGCUCCUGUCGCUGGUGACAAAGUCCACGAACUCAUUGAUGACAGCGAUGAUGUUGAUGACGACGACACCCUCUUCUUGAGGUCGCGCACGCGAGCUUCGUUGGUUACUACCUUUACUGAGUUGCACGACUAG